CAGAUGUUGACGAAAUAAAUUGCGUACUAUAUACCUGCCUAUUUAUUGAUAAGAGUUCCUUGCAGACACUAGUUAACGGUUGUCGUUUGAUUGCUGUGGACCUUUACGUACACUGGAACCGUCUUACAAUGAUAAAUCCCACUCUGACAACUGUUGCUGUACUUCUCGUUAUAUACAGCACAGCGGCAGACGUAACAGCUCUGCCGGACGUAAACUCAGCAUCCCCAGGAGCCGAUUCAGCAUCCACCAGCAUUAGUACGUCCACCAGCGUUAGUACUACGUCCACCAGCAUUAGUACAACAUCCAGCAGCGUUAGUACUACGUCCACCAGCAUUAGUACUACGUCCGCUGAAUCGGUAAAUGAGUGUAAGGACGCUGAGGAUUUCGACUGUGAGCUGUAUAACCCCAAAGUGAUAUGUAAUACCACUGGCAUCUACUAUCCCUGGUCCAGAGUCAGAUGCCCGCUGUAUUGUGGAUUUUGUCAUCGUCCAACGUUAACAAUUCUUUGUAAAGACGAGAUCCCAAACUGUGCUGAUUACCAAGGGGACAUGUGUACAAAUCCAUUCUAUCGACUCUUCAGGGAGAAAAACUGCAGAAAAUCCUGUAACAUAUGUAAAGGUUUUGAUUCCAUCCCGAAUCUCGAUUCCUUGUAUGGGUGAUUCAUACCAUUCACUGCUGAAAAUGUAUUUGACAGUACAAUUAAAUUAUCCAUAGUGUU